GUAUGCAGCUAGUGCGGCUGACGGAAGUUGCUUAUUGAGUUAUUUCGUGUUAAGUUUUGCGUGGAUUUAUAUUCUUUGCGGGAAAUAUGGGCACGGAUGAUCUUAAUACUUUACUGUCGGUAGAGUUUGAGGUUUUCGGCCAAGUACAAGGAUGUUUUUUCACCAAAUACUGCAAGGAUCUUGCGCUGCAGCUAGGUAUCACUGGUUGGGUGAAGAAUACCAAGAUGGGAACAAUUGUGGGCAAAUUGCAGGGGAGGAAAGCGGAAUUGGAACAUAUGCUCGAUUGGCUGAGCACCACUGGAUCCCCUGGCUGUAAGAUAGACAGAUGUGAGCUGAGGAACUGGGUCUAUUUGACACGCUUCGAUUAUAAUGAUUUUAGCAUACGUUUUUAGGAGUUGUAUAAUAAAGAUUUUAGUU